AUCUGCGUCCACUAGUCACAUGAUCCUAAUACGUCAUUUUCCGGCGUCUGCCGCAAUCAUAUCGGUCCAUGUGAAAAGCUUCCACCAAAGUUGUCCUUCCUCCUCGACCAUGGCCAGUCGCCUCCUGAGCAGAUAUGCCCAUCUGCUAUGCAGGGCCUCCUCUCAGGCUCCGGGUAGCGCUGUGGCGUCAGUGAGCCGUCUCCCGAUGACUGUGACUCCACCUGUAGAGGUGCAGAGGACUGAGGGCUGGCCCCAGAUCAGUAAGAGGUUCAUGCACGAGAAGAGUUCACUCGCCACGGAUGACGCCGUUUGGGAUCAGACCUCGUUCUCCAAAGUGAAUGAUUUGAUGAAGAAGGCCACUGUGCCAGAGGACGUUCUGCAGGCUUGGGUGGAGCACGGAGGAGAUGCUAAUAUGGCUGCAAUCAGCCUGGUAAAGUGGACUCAGUUGGUGCGAAAGACAAAGGGCGAUUUUAAGAUGGAUUCUAGAAUAAAUGAAAUGCUGGACACCAUAUCUGCACAGGUGUCCAAAGUGUGGAACUACAGUCUGGUGUCCACCUUGUCUUCUCUGUGGAUCAUUAAAAUUCCCCGGAACGAUUCACGAUUGCUCUCCAUUGAGCAAGAGGUUCUCUGGCGAGUGCGUAAGCUGACUUGCAAGCAGCUGGCCUUCCUGGUGACCUCAGCAGCUGACAGAAAGGACCAGCAGGUGGCACUGAUACUGAGCACUGCAUUGAAACACUUGGAACUGCGAACGACCGAAAUCAUCGACACCAAAACCGUCACCGAUCUGUUUGUGAAGCCGCAUCACUUGUCCCCGUCCCUUAAGCAAAAAGUAGAAGAUAAGGCCUUGGAACUGGCCGAGAGCUUUUCAGCAGAAGAGAUCCGUAGGAUCCUGUUAUCCUUGGGAAUUCAAAGCCGGAGAAACGUCCCACUUCUCAGAGCUCUUUCCUACCAUCUCAUACAGAAGCCCUCAUCCGAUUUCACCCCUCCUCUUAUAUUGGACUUGGCAUUUGCUUUCGGGAAGUUGAAUUUUCAUCACACUCAACUAUUUCAACGAAUGGUUUCGGAAUUGAUGCCCCAUGUUCCACAGCUGCGUCCCAGUGAAGUCACUCGCUUUGCCAAGUCCCUAACCUUCCUCAAAUGGCUGAACAUCCCCAUGUACGAGGCCCUAACCGAGCACUUUAUUACUAACCGUGCUCAGUACAGGAGCACUGAGUUCUGCAAUUUGCUCAUGGCCUUCGCCAGACUCUACUUCCUGCCCAGCAAUAAAGACCAGUUUUUCACUGAGCUCCACUCUCUGCUGGACAAGUCCAUCUCUGACCUACACCCCCUCCUGAGGACAGAUAUGGUCUGGUCUCUGUGUGUGUUGCAACAGGCUAACCCCUCUUACAUCACACCCAUUUUAGAACCACAAUAUGUUGCCAAGGUGUUGGAGAACGAUAAAAGUGGAGCAGAGAACUAUCGACUGAAGCUCCUACACAUUGCUACAACUCUCUCCUUAGAACACCCAGGCUCCUCUGAUUUAGAACCUCCAUCCUCCCUGCUGACAUCAUCAGUCCUGCCCACUGUCUCCCCCAUGCAGAGCAGCCUGAGGGAGUCUCUGCAGAGUUUGGUGGGAGAGAGAACAGAAGCUCUUCACACUGGGGUUCAAACCCCGUAUGGAUGGAAUAUUGAUGGCGAGCUGCUAAUAGAUUGUGACAAUAAACCAAUCAACUGGCCAAGCGGUGAUGACCAGUCACUUCCUGCUGGAGCACGGAGGAUUGCCUUCAUUGCCUGGGAAUUUCCCAACUUUGGUGUCAAGAGUAAAGACCUUCUGGGGCGCUUCGUCAUGAUGAGGCGACAUUUGCAGCUAUCAGGCUACACCCUUGUAGAGAUUCCGUAUUACGAAUUUCUGGAACUGAAGACAGCUUGGCAAAAAUUGGCAUACCUGAAGGAUAAAAUGGGAAAGGCUGUGGCCGAGGACAUGGCCAAGUAAAUAGAAAAGUCCAGAUGAAAAUCUGCAGAUUAGGCACUAUCAACACACAAACACACACACUUACACUUGGAUCCCAAACACCACUGCAGGAAAAAAGUCCCUCAAAAGUAAAAAUAAAAAAAAGAAGAAAGAAAGCAAUAUAUAAGUGGUUCCCUUGGAAACCUGAGGGGGUUUCCCUGUUUCCAUGGUGACCAGAAGCAGCAGUUUUGGAGCAGAAGAAGGACUAAAAUAAACCCAACUAUAAACUGUUUAGAACUCAUGCGACCAAGAACAGGCAAAUACUGAGCAGGAUAUGAUUUGAAUGGACGGGUGUUCUGUCAGCAACUCUGAUGUGAUGUACAUUUGUCAUCUUAUGGUAAAAUAAAUGUUUUUAUUGAA